AUGAAGGCAGCACCUCGUCUACAGCAACGCCAUAAGAAUGAACGGCUCCAGUUUGCACGCUCUAACAUGGCCACGGAUUGGAAUAAGGUAUCAAUGUUUUCUAUCACCUUAUGAUUCCCAAUUUUUCUGUUCAGAUCAUCUUCCGCGACGAGAAGAAAUUCAACCUUGAUGAGCCAGAUGGGUACGCUCACUACUGGAGAGAUUUGAGGAAAGAUCCGAUGUACUUCUCCAAGAGAAACUUCGGCGGCGGCAGCCUCAUGGUCUGGGCGGCUUUCUGCGGCAACGGGACGGUAGCUCUUUCUUUUAUUGGGACCAGAACGAAUUCGCAAGACUACCAGCAACUGCUUGCCCAGCAUCUCCUGCCCUAUCUCCGUCGCCGACGACGUGCUAAUAUGAUUUACCAACAAGACAAUGCAUCUGUUCACGCGAGCAACUCCACAUUGGCUUGGUUUGCGGCCAAGAACGUGGUUCUUCUGGACUGGCCCGCGUGCAGUCCUGACCUCAACCCUGUAGAGAAUUUAUGGUCAGUCCUUGUACGAAGGGUCUACGCGAAUGCCAAGCAGUAUACACCGGUCAACGAUCUGAAAAAGAGCGAUUCGUGCCGAGUGGGAUGGUUUGGACAAGUCACUGCUGCAAUCACUCGUUGGCAGCAUGCCGAACAGGAUUUUCGAAGUCGCUCAGAAACAAGGAGGCAUCACACAUUAUUAA